UGCCGGGACCGGACAGCAGCCGCCACCAUGACCGCCACGCUGCGCCCGUACCUGAAUGCGGUGCGCGCCACGCUGCAGGCCGCGCUGUGCCUGGAGAACUUCUCCUCGCAGGUGGUGGAGCGGCACAACAAGCCCGAGGUGGAAGUCAGGAGCAGCAAAGAGCUGCUGUUGCAGCCGGUGAUCAUCAGCAGGAACGAGAAGGAGAAGGUCCUCAUCGAAGGCUCCAUUAACUCCGUACGCGUCAGCAUCGCAGUGAAGCAGGCCGAUGAGAUCGAGAAGAUCUUGUGCCACAAAUUCAUGCGCUUCAUGAUGAUGAGGGCCGAGAACUUCUUCAUCCUGCGCAGGAAGCCCGUGGAGGGCUAUGACAUCAGCUUCUUGAUCACAAACUUCCACACGGAGCAGAUGUACAAGCACAAGCUGGUGGACUUUGUCAUCCAUUUCAUGGAGGAGAUCGACAAGGAGAUCAGUGAGAUGAAGCUCUCUGUCAACGCCAGGGCCCGCAUCGUGGCAGAGGAGUUCCUCAAGAAUUUUUAGGCCGUGGCGCAGGACCCCGUGGCUCCCCAACGCUUGUGCCCGCCGGGCACCGUGCCUGCGCCUGCUCCCGCUCCCCCUGCGGA